GGCGGGGUUAUUUAUAAAGUUGCAUGUGGCCGAUGGCUGAUAACGCUUGUAUGACGAAUGCGAGGGAAUCUAGAGUACAAUCGCGACGAUGUUCACGUCCGGCCGCUCGAGUCCCCUUCGGAGCGACUCGUGGCGCGUCGUGUGUCUGGCGAGCCUCCACGUCGGCGUCGCGCCACCGUCGUCUGCCCCGCGCGCCGCGCCCUGCCCCCCGGUUUCCCCGCUGCCUCUUGCUUGCGCUAACCUUACAAUCAACGAGCAUUAUAUUUAUCAUUGCGCGCUUAUACAACUCACUGACUUCACGCCUCUCCAGUUAACUAGUGACUAGUCGAGCAAGUGGAAUAAACGCGUUCUAUUCGCGCCCGCAGAGUAUUGGUUCAAUUUCAACAUUCCAUCCGUUUAACUUCCUUAGUGGCGGCGAAACUUACAAUAGUUAAACGUCAAAGUAGUGCGGAUAAAUCUCUAAGGUUAAUAAAUCUUUGGACCACGUAAAUGUGUGAAUAAUGUUAAACGUACGUUUUUGAAAGUGAGAAUCUACAUCUCCUUAUACAGAGCUAUAAUUUGCUAAGCGAAUCGGGCGCGAUCAGUCUAUAAAGCAAUGAAAUUGUUGACAGUAGUUUGACACGGAUUAGUGUUCUCGGUGACUAGUUAGACCGGAAGCAAAGGAGUUGGUACGAGAUGUCUGUGACGACCACAACCACGACCAUGCUGAGCGCGCGGCGAGGUGCCGGCCCCGAGCCCCGCAUCAACGGCCUGCUCAAGCAUCCGCAGCCGCCCACAGACCUUCCCUCGUUGAUGUUCGCGGCGCCGUUCAGCACGGACCCGAUGGCGGUAGCGGAGCGCGAGCGCUGCGCGUACGGGCGCGUGUCGCGCGCGGCGGCUGCGGCGGGCACGGCGGGCCGGCGCGUGCGCGUCUACUCGGAUGGCAUCUACGACGUGUUUCACCAAGGUCACGCACGCCAGCUGCAGCAGGCCAAGACUGUCUUUCCCAACGUGUACCUCAUUGUCGGAGUGUGCAACGACCAGCUGACGCACAGUCGUAAGGGCCGCACGGUGAUGACGGAGGACGAGCGCUACGAGGCCGUCCGCCACUGCCGCUACGUCGACGAGGUGGUGCGGGACGCGCCGUGGGAAUAUGACGAGGCGUUCAUGGAGAAACACAAGAUCGACUUCGUGGCGCACGACGACAUCCCCUACAUCACCGAGGACUGCGACGACACCUACGCUAUAUUCAAGGCCAAGGACAUGUUCGUCGCCACCGAGCGCACAGAAGGCGUGUCGACGUCGGACAUCGUGGCGCGGAUCGUGCGCGACUACGACAUCUACGUGCGGCGCAACCUGGCGCGCGGCUACUCCGCCAAGGAGCUCAACGUGUCCUUUCUCAACGAGAAAAAGUUCCGCCUGCAGAACAAGAUGGACGAGCUCAAGGACAAGGGCAAGAAGGUAAUGACGAACAUCGGCGAGAAGCGCGUCGACAUCCUGACGAAGUGGGAGGAGAAGUCGCGCGAGCUGAUCGACGCGUUCCUGCUGCUGUUCGGGCCGGACGGGCGCCUGUCCAGCAUCUGGAACGAGUCCAAGGGACGGCUCAUGCAGGCGCUCAGCCAGCCGCCGUCGCCGCGCGCCUCGCCGCCGCCCAGCGAGAACGGCGACGACUCCCAGGACCGCGCGCUCGCGCUCGCCUCCGCCCACGCCUCCGCGCCCGCGCUCGCGCGCGCCCUAGCGCACGCUCGCACGCACAGAAGCUCGGCGUCGCCGCCGCCACCCAAAUCGCGCCGCUACGAGACGCUGUGGGAGCCGCAAGCAGAUGCGUCGAGCUCUGAAGGGCUGGGGGCAGAAGCGGCCGCACUCCGCCAGCUGACGGACGACGGCUCGGACAGCGACGACGACUACCAGGACACCAGCGCCUACCUCUAGGCUCCGCCACGGCCGCAGCCGCUGCCGCGACCGGCACCGAUGUACAAUAUCCAUUGUCUUGUCGCCAAACCCGCCACCUUAUCUGUAGAGGAUAAUGUUUUCCUGGAAUCACUCAUGUGUCUUGUUCUGACGGAUGACCCAGCCUCUAAACGUAAACGGAGUUAGAAAUAUAAAUAGCACCCCUUCGAGUUACAAAAAGUGAAAUGUCUUUUACCUGACUGAUACGAGUGAUACUUGUACUUAUCCGUCACGUUGUAUCAGUUGCAAGGUUCCACAUCCACAUGCCUCUCGCGACUGACACAAUUGUGACGCCGCUCUGAGAUCGAAAGCCAGAAAACACAAUUAUCCUGCUAAUAAAAUACUUGGAUUAUUAUUGCGUAUGUAGUAGAAACUCGCUGAUCCGUAAAAUCCGCUGUCCGCGUCGGGUCCGUCCGGAUAACCGUAAUUACUGAAUUUACAGGGUUCCGGAUUAGCGAGGUUCUACAGUAGGUAAUUGACUAAUAGUGUUCAUAGAUCAAGUACGCUUACUUUGUAUUUUUGGGGCACAAUAUAGGCGGGGGCAUAAUCACACGCGAUUAGGUAGACCAUAGGCAAUACAAAGGAUAAACUGACUAAUGCCAAGGAACAGUCUCUUUAACCUUAAUUGAAGGUAGCGGCAAAGUUAUUCCUACAAAAUAGGGGCCAAUAUCUGUAGAAUUACACCCAAUAUAACUCUGCAGCAAUUUUCUAGCACAGAGCGUAAAACUGUUAUGUUAAACGUCAUAAUUUCAUAGUCUUUGACGUUUAUGAUAACACAUCCAUGUGCUAGAAAAUCACUGCUGAGUUGUCUUGGUCCAACUCUAUCUAAUUUGAUGGGCCAAUCAUUGGGUAGUUUACCCUAAUUCCUGUGUUCAUAAAAUACCAUGAGCUAUCAAAUCUCAUGGAUUUCCAUGGCAACACUAUAUUUAUAUUAUAUAUCAAUAAUAUUGGUCUGAACACUAUUCGAUAGGGUAAAGAGUAAUAGAACUGGAUUUGCCCGGUCGACUCUGAUUUCCAUGUUAAAAAAAAAACACUAUUCUUGUAAUGGAGCCCAGUUUCGGUCAUAAACGGUUUCAGAGAAAUAGUAAAUUGAAUUUAGAACUUGAAUGUAGGUUCCUAUUUGUAUAUCGUUUUGAUGAGUAAUGUACAUUGUAUAUCGCUGCUGCUCGUGUGAGAGUUGUACAAGUUGAAGGAUUAUUCCCACUAGUUACCACCAAGUUGUAACCAGUGGUAAGUAAUGGGAUUUUUUUUCCCAGUAGUUACCACCAAAAUUUGGUUAGCGUUCAAUACUAAUAAAAAGUUUAAAUAUGAGUGCUUUAAUCAAUAAUCAAUUAAAAGUUGAAUUAAUUAUAAGUUAAUUCGUUAUUCGUUUAAUUAUAAUAAAUAUAAAAGUGAUAAAAAAUCGGUAUUUGACUGAUUUCUUUGUUCGUUCGUAUAAUUGUGACAUUAUUUAUUGAAAGGGACUUUAUUUUCGAUGGCGCUUACGCUAUUCUCAACGAUUGGGAGCGUGCACGACGGCAGCGCCGCUUAGCGUUCGCAACUACUGGGGAGCUGUCAAAUAAUGAGCUCAUCAAAAUACAGAUUAUUCCUUUAAAAUAUUUACUGUAAUACAGUUACCAAUGUGCGGAAUCUUUUCGUUUUUAAUGUUAAACACACUUGACUUUUGCUUUACUGAAAAUAGUCAGAAUUAUCUGUGUAUUUUAUAAUAUUCGGUUAAUUUUCUUCGUCGUUGUUUCGUUACAAAUUCAAUGAAAAAAUGUAUGUUUCAUUAUGUUUUGAUGGCCUAUUUCGUGAUCCUCUUCCUGGGGAUACGUGUGAUGCUUUCAGGUAUAAAAGUUUUGCCCUUCUUCACAGGUUUUAAUCAACUCAUUUUAUGUAAAAGAUAGGUUCUUUCGCUUAUCACGUUUCUUGUGACAGGCGACAGACAACUCUGCGUUCCAAAAGUAUGUUUCUGACAGGCUUUCAGUAACUGUCAUUAUAACUAAUACCAGUAAUACCUAAUGUUGGUACACUGUAUUAGCCAUACUAUUUUAUUAACAUCCAAGCAAAACUCUGUGUUGACAUAGACUAGAUAAAAUGUUUAGCCGUUACGUUGGUUAGCCUGGAAUAAUAAUAUGAUAUAAAAGCCUAAUUUCUAGCUCUAUGUUGGAAAUAUAAUAAAGUUUACUUUUACUGUUUCGUCCAGUAUUAUUGCAGUUUACCAUUUAUCAGCUAUCGUGACCUAUUUUUAUCGUAAAUAUUAUUUUAAAGCAAGAAACAUGAACAAAAUAACGGAAUAGUAUGGAAAUUGACAGAAACACGCGUAGCUUUCUUGCCAUAUUUGGCCACAUCAAGCGCUGUGAUCGUUCCGGCUUCCCCCACCACCCGCUUUGCACGCUUCCAGUGUGGCCUAAGCGCCUUUGACAAAAGAUCCAGUUUUCAUAGAUAACGUCACAAUUAAUUAGAUUUACAAUUAAUAAGAUAAAUGCUCUCGAGGUUGAUGACAAAAAGGAAAAAAAUAUAUAAUAUAAUAAUUUAAACAUACUGUAAUAAUUCCAAAUAAAACAAACUAAAAUAUUUAUUGUAUUGCUAUCGUCGCAUAGGAUAGGACGCCGUAGCGAUUAAAAAUUAACUUGUAACAUAACACAUAACCCCAUGCAUGUUGUAGGGCUGUUAUCGCCAACUGCUGGGCGAGCUCGGCGGACGUGUUGACCGCUCAGACCAACCAGUAUAAACCCGUGUCUCUAGCGCGCUCUCUUAAUUAAUGUCUCGGUCACGUUACGCUUUGCUGUACUGGCGUUCGAGUUGCCAAUUCACACAGUACGUAUAUGUACACCCUUUUUUCUUACAAAAAUUAAUAAGUUGUUUUGUUUUAGAGUAUAUUUUAUGCUAUUCGUGCACUAUGUAAAUAAUGUGUAUUAUGAUUGCUUGUUAUUCUCUAUGUAAGUGAAUUGUAAUAUUCUGUUGGUGAAAUAAAUUCUAAUUAAAAGUACAAUUUUAUCCAAACAUUAAUUUCUCUCUAAUUUUUUUUUUUUUCACUUGCACCGGUUUUAAUAUUUUUCAUCACUUUUAAGGUAGUUUACUGAAUCACUAAUCGACUUAUAAUUAUUUAUUAAAGCACUCUAUAUUUAUACUUUACUACUUCUAUUGUUUUAUUAGAACUCUAACAACAUUUUGGUGUUAACUACUGGGAUUAAAAUCCCAAAUCCCAGUAGUUAACACCAAACCGAGUUGGUGGCUAAUUCCCAGUAUUUACCACUGGUAACAACUUGGUAGUAACUAGUGGGAAUAACCUAAGUUGACGUACGUUGAUGAGAAGAUAUUUUCGAGCUGUUAUUUAAAUUAUUUUAUAGAGUAUGUUACAUCUGGAAAUUUUGUAUGAAUACUGUUUGAGUACAAUUGAGUGAAUGUAUUUAAUCUCUUUAGUCUUAAUAACGUAUUAUUUAUGUUUCUUGAAUAAAAAUCUCUUUAUAACCCCGUUAGAUAUGUACAAGGCACCUGUAUUUUUUAAGCACCAUGAAAUAUUAUUUGUAAAUGUUUUGUCAGUUAACUAAAAGGUGCUUAUUAUUAAGAAA